CAUUUCUCUUUGUAUAUGUUCUGUGGUUGACAACAUCCCACAAACCACAAAUAAAUUUGACAUUUCUAUCAGCUGUCACGCUUAAUAUGGCCGCUCACAAGACGCGUUUUAAUCCGCAACGCUGGAAAGAGAUGCUUAUGUUAGCACAAAUGUGGUGAACGUGAUCGAGAGAGAUUAUAAAUCGCAAAUCGUAAAAGUAUUUCGGUUUCGCGAUGGCGGGCAACGAUGUAGUGCUAGAGGGAUUUAUAUGUCCCAUAUGCAUAACCGAUUUUAAAGCACCCAGUCACUUAACGAAGCACUUCGAGGAGGUUCACAAUGAUGAUCCAGAGAUUUUGAGAUCGUUGAAAGAUUUGUUUGGCAAGGCCAAGAAAAAGAUAUUGAAACAAGAUGAUAUAUCGGAAACAUUUCCAAGUGCAAUACCACAGGACAAGAGGCGGAGUCCUGAAAUUAAUUGGGGACCACAAGAAAUAGGUGCAAUUACAUCUCAUACAAAGUAUUUUAAGGAUAUAAGAAACGCUCGCUUAGAGCGUUAUGCAUAUGAAACGAAUAAACUACUUAUAAGAUUAGAUAAAUUAUUAAAUAACUUACCAUCAGAUCCUGUCGAUAGAAAAGCUCAUGAACGCACUAUUGUACCAUGGAUUGAUGAAAAAGAUGUGAAAUUGUGUCCCAAUUGCGCUAAGAGUUUUCAUUUGGCAAGACGAAAACAUCACUGUAGAUUAUGUGGGGCAGUUAUGUGCCAUAAUUGUACAGUAUUUUUGUCGCUGAAUAAUGCACGAAAAAUGACUAGUCCCGUAUCGAUACAAGAUGAUUCUGCUGCAUCUCCUACGUCAGAACGACUGUUUUCUGAGAGAGUAACACGUACGGGCUUUUCAAAAUUAGCGCGAUCACCUUCCAACGGCAGUUUGAACAGUAUUCUAUCGUUGGUCAAUGAUUCGGCUAGUAGCGAACAACAUUUUCGAAUUUGUACUCACUGCAUAAACCUACUCGAUGCGAGAGAAAUACAAAAAGCGAAGCAAUUCGAUAAACCGAUUGUUUGUGAGUUCUAUGAGAAGAUGAGGGAGUACAUGAGUGAAGCAUCGCAGCAUUUAGAAAUGUAUAACAAAAUGUGGGAAUCGUUGAAAGAAGGCGAGACUACAUAUGGUUUAGAAGAUGCGCAAUCUUUACGAAUCAGAUUAGCAAAGUUGGGAGAAAACAUAGAUGCGACCAGUAAAAAAAUUCUAGUUCUUGGUGUGAAGAAAAACACAGACAAUUCGAUGCAGGAAGCAUUCGGACCAGAGUUAAGGCUAUAUCAGAUGGUUAGAACAUCAGCAAUGAUUUUUUUAAAAGAAGAGUUACUAACUCUGCAACCCUUGCCCUCGGCAGAGGAAUAUGUAGCUUUACAGGAAGAACGGCAGAAAAGAAUAGAAGCACGAAUAGCGUACGAGCGGCAAUUGGAGGAAGAACGAGAGAAACCAAAAGAACCACGCAAGAAAGACACGUGGAAUUUGGAUAGCAGUUCUUCUUUGAAAAUCAAUCAGGCACAAGCAAUGGUAACUCAAUCUCAAGGCUGGGGUCCAUCUUAUACUACACCCAUCAUGUCUUCCUCAAUGGAUCCGAUAAUCGAACAAAUGAGUAAUCUUCGCGCAUAUAUCAAGCAAGCGCGCACCGAUUGUAAAUACGACGAAGUUGCAACAUUAGAGAACAAUCUUCGAGAACUUCAAAGUGCCUACUUCACUAUGAAACAAAGUAAUAAUAAUGACGGAUAAACAUAUUUGAACAGCACAUUUCUUAUACUUUGGCAUGUAAAACGUUGAAUUCUUCUAUGUGUUAUCUAUUGGUUUUUGCAAAAUAUUUAAUAAAUCCUUUUCAAUAAAAAUCUUUGAGCACAAAUUAUAUAGCAAAUAGAUACACAAAUAAAGUGAUAUAAAAAUGUCUA